ACAUUUUUUUACAAAAACGCAAAUAAAUUUAUAUUUCGUCACUUCUAAUGACACUGUCUUUUCUUUGAUGUAGGAAUUAUAACGAUUUUCUUUAUCCUUCGGUUUUCACUGAAAUAGCAUCUAAAUGGCAGUAAGACCCUUCUCCAAAGAAGAAUUAAAUUUCCUCAAAUUUACAUCCAUCGUUCACGAUGAAUUUCCAAAGAUGUUGCGUUCGACAUUUGUGGCAUUGUGGGACAGGAAGAUUGCACCACUGCCUGGUUACCAACUUUGGGACGACACACCCGCAGUCCGCACACUUCUUUUGACACGCGAAGGCGGUACAACUGCCAUACCAGUCAAUAAAUCGUUCGAAGAUUGGGAUUGUACAGCACUGUUUAAGGCAACUAUUUACUCAAAGACUUUUGGAAUCCCCACAAGAAAACCCAUCAAGACACUCAAUUAUCAGUUCAUAAAGGGAAAGAAACCCAAUCCAUUUCAUGCCUCGCUGACAAGUCCAGCUGGAAACUGGGUUGAAACUAUAGCAUUGGCAAUCGACCAAGUUCGACUGCUUAGAAACGAGCUAUGUCACUCGCCCAAGCUCACCAUGACAAAGCCUGAUUUCGAUUACUAUGUUCAACUUACUAAGGAUGCUUUUACUGCAGUUGGAUUCCCAACAGAUCAAAUUGAUUAUAUUGCUAGUCUUAAGGAGUCCGACUUUCCAACUGAAAGAGUUUGUGAGUUAAAGAGAGAAGUUAGAUGUAUUGAGCUGGAGUACCGCAACUUUCUUGUCAUUCUUGAUGAAAAGUUAACAACAACGUUGACUGAUUUGUGUGAAAUCCAAACUCUUCAAUAUGAUUGUCUUCGUGAAAUUCAGAAAAAUGUAAUGAAUAACCAGACUACUAAAACAGAAUAUUCAGCAAUUGGGGAUGAAAAUUGUGGAUUCUCAGCAAUCGGUGGUCUACAUCCCAGUGUGAGCAGUGAUGGAGAAUGUUCAUCAGUUGGGCAGAAAAAUUGGGAACAUGGUGCUCUGGUUCCUGAUGUGAGCAGUGAUGGAGGUGACAUCGUAUUCCGUAUUUCAGCGAAAAUGGCGCGAAAGGAUAAAGAUAAGGUUUUAGAUACUACUACUCUUGUUGAAAUUUUGUGUUCAUGUGAAAAGACUCAACCGUCAAUUUUCCACGAGGCUCUCAAAAAGGGCUUUGGCGAUAAAAGGAAUGACCAAAAGUUUGGAGAUGUCAAACCAACGUGUCUUCUUGUUCCACUGCAUUGUCUUACGGAUGAAAGAUUUUUGGAGGUUUUGGAUGAUUUUGAAUCCGGAAGGCUGAAAGAACGUUUGCUGGAGGAAUUUUCGCAGAUUGGAGAUCGAAUAGAAAUAGCAGAAAUCGCGUUAAUGAGAAUGGAAGAAGUAAACGAAAAAAAGGAGGCUAUAAAAAGAAAAAAAUUGCAGCAAUCGAUUGCCCGUUUAAAAAAAAAGUUGGAAACAUUACACGAUGUACAUCAAGCGUUUUCAGAGGGCACUGAUGUGUAUGUCAAUAGUACUCGCAGCUUGACAUCUCUGGAAGAUGAAAGCGAAAGGCAAAUGAGUCUUCUUCAACGAAGUAUUGGUUUUCGUCAUGAA